CGGGACUGGGCGGGCGCCAAGCUCUAUGGGCUGUGCGGCGCCUUAAAGGGGCGAGGCCUGGAACAGCUGGAUAGAACUUAAGGCUUUGCUGCCGAGUCAGCUUUGGCCUUAAGCUCUGGGUCGGUGAUCGUCCGACCUAUGGGCCGGAACCGCCCUGAACCCAGCGGUGAGCCUUACUCCUUGGGCCAGGAUUCCUGACCGGAGAGGGCCUCAGCCCCGCACUCCUCCAUCACACGCACACCAACACCGCUCUUGAUGCACAGAAAGAAUGAAAUAUCCAAGGAAAAGUCGAGGUGGAAAGGACUUUACAACCUCCGGACCACGUGGUUUCUAAACAGACGUUUGAGUGCCUACUGCAUGCGAGGAGCCGGGAGGCGGGUGAAUAGAACCCACAGGUCCCUGCCUUCUUGGCGCUUAUGUGCCAGAUGUGAAGACUAAAACGGGCAAAGACGACGUUAGGCAGCUAUCGUGCUGUGAUUGAAUAAGAAAAGGGCCUUGAUGGGCUGCAAGAAGAUCUGAAGAAGUGCCAUUUUUGCUGAGACCGGAGCCUAAGGAGUGAGCCAGGAAAGGCUCUGAAGGAAGGUUAUGCAAGGCAGGAGUGGCCAGUGCAAGGGUGGGAAUGGCCGUGGUGGGAGAGAGAAACAUCAUUGUUGGGGCUGAGAGAAAAGGGAGACUGGGGAGGAGAGGUCAGGAUGAAGACAGAGUCUGAUUGUGUGCGGUGACUUUCUUGCUGUGUAAACAGGCACACCUGCUGGUCUGCUCGGACCGUUUCCUUUUUCGAAAAGCGGAGAUAAUAGUUCCCAUUUCAGUGGAUUGUCAGGAGUAAAUGACACAGAGCAAUUGCUCCAUUACGAUGGGUGGGUAACUUAAAAUUCAUCCACCGGGCAAGAAGGCUUUGUUGAGCAUCUACUUUGUGUCAGGCCCCUUGUCAGCACCGCGUGGAAAGUCAAAAAGCACUGGCUCCUACCGUACCCACUUCCCUCACGUUCCCACCCCUCUUCCUGCUUUGUUUUCUUUGGAGGGCUUCACUCCUGCAACUUCUGCACCGCUCUCUCGUUCCAGGCACUGAUCUCCAGUCUGUCCUGCCGGCAGUACCUGGAACCGGGCUUCCCACCGAGUUCGCUCCUUAGCUGAACCGCAGCCGGGCGGGCCGGGCCUCAACCCCGGCGGGGUCACGGCGAGGAGCCUCUUUGACCUGGGAAAGGCCCGUGUGCUCUUCCCAGUUAGGACGCCGACACCGCCUUAGGCGGGAAUGGCUGCUGCAGUGUCUGUCCGCGCCAUAGUUGCCUCUAAAAACACAAACCAUCCAGGGGUCCCGAGAGCAAACGCCAGCCCCAUCCCCAAGUCGAAUGAAGGAAGAAACGUCAUAUCCUUCCAGUUCUCACCGCCCAGUCUCUGUUGGCUAGAUCUCGGCCGGAAGUGGGGGCCUGAGGCGGAAGGGGUGGAGCCGGGAGCCACUUCCGGCGACUGCGCCACGUCCAAGGAGGCUGUAGGCGAGCGGUGACAGACCGCGGGGUCGGAGCUGGAGGCGAUGGUGGACUGGGCUCGGGCUCAGAGCCCUGGUGCUGUGGAAGAGAUUCUAGACCGAGAGAACAAGCGGAUGGCUGACAGCUUGGCCUCCAAGGUCACCAGGCUCAAAUCGCUGGCUCUGGACAUUGAUAGGGAUGCGGAGGACCAGAACCGGUACCUGGACGGCAUGGACUCAGAUUUCACAAGUAUGACGGGCCUACUCACAGGGAGUGUGAAGCGGUUUUCCACAAUGGCGCGAUCUGGGCGAGACAACCGGAAGCUUCUUUGUGGUAUGGCUGUGGGCCUGAUCGUGGCCUUCUUCAUCCUCUCCUACCUCCUGUCAAGGGCAAGGACGUGAGCCAGUGGGAGCUGGCUUCAGUGGGUGCCUGGGGCAACCAGGAUCUUCCUCUGUCUGGUGUUUUGGGCUCCAGAGAACUUGUUUACAAAAUACUCCUUUGAAAUGAUGAUCAUGGCUUAGGAAUCUUCUUCCUGCGUGGUUGGGAGCCUCUAACCCAGUGAGCUCAUGUUAGCUGGUUCUAUGUGUGCAAGGGCCCUAUCCCUAUGGGGUAGCCAAGGCCCAGCUCCCUCUGCCACCUUGGGCUCUAGAAGCCCCAGCAUUGUUGAGUCCAAGCAGAGCAUCUGGGAAUCCUGGACAUGGCCACCUGUGAGCAGCAGUCCUUUCCUCGGCCCUCAAGGUUCUGAGCAUCUCAAGGCUCCUCUACGCUGUCUUGGUCUGGAUGAGGCUGUGUCUGAUAUUUGAGUUGCUUGGAGCUGACACAGGAAGGGGGUGUGGCUGUGAAGCUCAAAUCAUUGCUGUCACCUCCAACUGAGUGUCCUUCAGCCUGGAGAUUGCAGUUUCUCUGGCCAGGGCUGCUGGUCAUCCGUGACCCAGUGAGAUUCAAAGGUCCUGCUGAACGGCCUCUUCCUGCCCUCCAAUCCCACGACUGAAACCAGACCCUCAGGGAUGGGCAGGGGGUUGUGGAUGGAGGAAGGAUCUGCAGCCUUGGCUGAAGACUUGGGGUCCAGAUCCCGGCAAUUUCCCAGCCAUGUAUCUAGGAGCAGAAGCUAAUGUUUUCAUGGGAUUCAGGAUCUACCCAGCACCAGAGAUCUGUUUCCAGGAGGCUAGAUCUCCAGAAACAGGUCCAUCUGAUGCUUAAGUCAGGCAAGGUGUGAAGCGGGGCUUUUAUGGGUGUAGGCAGGAGGUUUCUGGAUAAUGCCUUUUUUUAGGACCUAUAGGUCACUUUUUGAGGGUUCGUGGGCAGUUUCCACUAAGCUAACCCUAACGCAGCAGUGUCUGCCCACCUCUCCGUGGGCCCUCAGUGUCCACUUGGUCAGUCCCCUGCUCAUAUGAACUGAACUAACAGGCCCAGCCAAACCAAUGGCUUCUUUGUACCUCACUGUGAGUCCCCAGUAUCCUUGUCUUUCCAUAAAAAACACUUGUAAGAAACAAGUCAUUGGCUCUGUGUCUUUCCUGGUUCCUGUUCCCAUCUUCUUCUUAGUUACGCACCUUACUCUCUGAGGGCUAUUGGCUCACUGUCCAGCUGCCCGCACACUCAUGCCAUGUGUGGUGUAUCAGCUCCUCUCGCCCACCUUGUUCUCUUCUCUGGCCAUGUGGACCUCGCCUUCUGGCUCUACCACUCCUGCUCCUUUUCCUCUUGCUCUCCCUUGUUCUCUGCCUAGCAGGUCUGGCCUCUCCUGACACUUGCCACGGAGCCCUUUUCUCCACUGCAGUUGGCUGGGCCCUUGGCUUCUUGAGUGGUCUGCUUGACUGUCCCUCCCUCCAGUAUGUGCUUCUCAGCCAGUAAGGUUGGCUCACUUGCCUCUGUGUCCCUGGGGCUUGGGUGUUUCUCUGUCCUCCUUGACAUUCCUUCACAGGCUCCUGUGGUCAUGCCUUGAUCCCCAUUCUUCUGUAUACCACAGCUUCGGCUUCGCUCUCUGCCUGUCUCACAGUGAACCUAGUCAUAGGGACAUGUCCACUGGUCACCAUGCUCAAAGCUGCUACUCAUAUAUAUCUGGUCACUGCAGGAGCAGCAGAUACCCCCAGACCUGAACUCUGUGUCCCCUGCCUUUUCUGGGUCUGCUAACCUUGCUUUCUGAGAAAGUGGCUCAGCCAGGGCAGCCUUCCCCGCACUGGCCUGCUCCAAAGCAGACCAGGAAUUUGGAGUUCGUGUUUCAGGGUGGUCUUUUCUGAGGAAAGUGAAAGUUGCUCAGUCGUGUCUGACUCUUUGUGACUCCAUGUACUGUAGUUCAUGGAAUUCUCCAAACAAGAAUACUGGAAUGGGUAGCCUUUCCCUUCUCCAGGGAAUCUUCCCAUCCCAGGGAAAGAACCCAGGACUCCUGCGUUGCAGGCAGAUUCCUUACCAACUGAGCUGUCAGUGAAGUCCCUUCUGUGAGGAGGACUUCGCCAUCUCUGAGACCUUCACUUGCUGUGUAUUUUCCCUCAGGUUGCCCCCUGUGCCUCUCUGCUUCUCCAUCUCUAUGACUCUUUGUAGCCUUUCCAGCUCUUUGGGGGUUUGGGUAUUUGUUUCUCAUUGUGUUAGAUGAAUUCCUGAAGUGGGCAUGGAGCUCUGCUGUGCUGUCAGCAGGGUUUCCUGUGGGCCUUCACCCUCCUCCUCCUCAGCCCUGUACACUGAGCACCUAAUCCCGUGGAUAAGUGGGGUUUGCCGACAGUGAUCUCUGAGACUAUGAAACAGAGACGGACUUGAGGACUUUCGGUGUCAGGUGUGGACAAACAGCCAGGUUCUAUCCCUUAAGUCAAAGACGAGGCAUUUAGCAAUAAAAACUUGAAAUAAACAGUAU